CUUUGGUCUCAUGAAGUUUUUUUGACGUCGCUAGGAGGUACCUUACUGCUAGGGUUAGGGUUAUCAGCGCUCGACCAACCAAUUUGGCCGCUGUACAAAAGUAGUGGUCACUAAGUGAUGCGCACCAUAGGUCGACUCCAGGACUCCAGGUAGCGCACAUCUUACUUGCACACUGUGCACCUCUGUAUACCCUUCGCGGUAGAUUUCCUGAAAUAACGGGAGCUGCUUCUCCAUCUCUGCUUAUCCUGAUGGGUAAGAUCAACUUCACGGCCGACGAAGCCUCCCUCCUCAAGGCCUACAAGUUAUCAUCCCAGAACCCAACGAAAUGGGAAGAGGUAGACCACGACCUGGAAGAUCCUCUUUCUGACCUGCUUACCUCCCAAUCCAACGAUGGAGAAGGUGACCCCCUGGGCCUUGGCGGCGUCAUUGAUCUGACGAAUUUAGACCCAGAAUCCAGUGCGUGAUCACGUCCGUCUUCAGCUAGGAUUUGGGUUGUUCAUGCGGCUCUAGAGAUGUCUGUGCUCAUCUCUUCCAAAUCAUUCGAUCCCAAAGCCUUUCUAUCUGCUGUACACCCAAAUGCAACCUACCAAGAUCUCGCAGCAGGCAUUAACCAUCUUCAGUCAUCUAUCGAUGCCCGUUCAGAGGCCGUCCGUGUCCUUGUAGAGGAUAACUUUGAUCGGUUCGUUGCCGUCAAGGCUUCUACUGAUG